AUGGAGUCUGAAGGCGGAGCUGUCUGUGACUUGGGUUCAUGGAUCUGGGGUAGACUGGAGAUGCCGCGACAACACGAUCACACGAGCGAGGUUGUUACAUGCAAGCGUGGCAGAAAAGCCCGGAGCCGGUUACCUGAUACAGAAGCCUUGGCCCCUCUCCGUCCCGCCUUGCCAGAGACACGGGACACGGCCGCGGAUGUUGGAACUGCCGCGGGUAAUUUGGACCAUGGCCUUGGGCUGCAGCAUCAUGGCGUGCCCGGUUCUCGCCAAGAUUGGCGUCAAGCGUCUUUCGGUCCGAAUCCAGAAGCUUCGUUGAGAGUAUCUUGCGCUUUACCCUGCUCUGAGAACUUCAAGUUUCACGUCUGGCUGCAAGACUUGUCCAGAGAUUUGGUGGCCGCCAAUGUCGACGCAGAAAGUGUCAUCUCCUAUAUGAAAACCUGCGUCGAAUUAUUCUAUGACAACAUCUACCCGAUAUAUCCCAUCAUGUACAGACCUUCUCUCGACCAUACUCUGGUAGAGUUACAGGACCCGGGAGGGGCCUGGGACACAAAAUCCUUCAUGCUCUCGACCUCAAUCUGUGCUUAUACCCUUGCGGUUCUGCCAAGUUCAAUAUCUGGAGCUUCAUGGCCAGUUGCCCAUGUAUUCUACGCAGCCUUCAAAAAGGCACAGAAUGAAUACGGGCUACAGGAUAUCGAAUGCCUUGACAGCUCUUCCGUGGUCAUACAUCUCAUGCAUGCCGCCUGGCACCAUGUUUCUGGAAAUCCCCAGGCAUCAUGGUAUGUUCUUGGGCAAGCCAUGAAUACAGCAUUGCUGAUGCGAUUGCACGAUGAGAAGACGUAUGAGUUAAUGCCUUUUGUAGAAAGCCAACUGUGCCGACGUGCCUUUUGGGCGUUGUACACCGGAUGUCAGGCAUCUUGCUUCCUUGGCGACCAUCCGAAUAUCUUCAACAAGAGCCUGUUCAGGGGUGUCAGGGUUCCGAGGUACCCCGAAGAGUUUGGCCCAGAGGAUCAGGCUGUGAUAACACAAUAUGAUGGUCGACAACACAGUAUUGGCAUCCUAACAGGCUUCAACGCAAACCAGGAUCUGUGGAAGGCAGCAGAGAAUCUCUUACAGGUGGUCCGAGAAGGAGAUUCAGUCGAUACAGCCACAUCGGACAGCCGACUGGCUACUUCAUAUUUCAGGUUUUGCGCAAUUCUCGACGAUCUUCCCACAGCUCUUCGGUUUCACAACUCUGUCGACAUCACUCUCGAGGGCUUUUCCUUUGCCCAGCAAGGGGACUAUCAACCUCGCGUCCCCCAGGCCCUUGCAAUACAGCGAACCAACUUGCACAUAUCUCAUCAAUAUCUGAAACUCUUUUUCCUACGGAAUUAUUCAUUCUUGGGGAUUAACAAUCCUCUGGCAGCCCCAAAGCUGCCGAACCUAUCACCCGGGACAGACUCCCAGAUGUCUCUAUCGCAGUCAGAUUUGAUGGCCGCGAGUCCUACGUCUCGACUGUCUUCAAACCGUGGCAACCAAGCUCAACCACAGACCGAGCAUGUACAAAGAAGCCUCGGCGCUAGCUUAGACCGUCAAAUAUUGCAGAUCGCCGAAGACAUGCUGUACGUCAUCCAUACUUCUGGCCUCAACAGCCUCAGACUGAACGGUGAGCCAUGUACCGAGAAGAUUCGGCAUGUAGCUGCAUCUGUACUGGAAGUGCUUGCGAAGGACGUCGUCGAUCCCUCUUUGUUGGAGCGUGCGGUCAAUCUUCGAGACCUAUAUCCGCAUCUUUUGGCGAGGCUGGAAAGCAAGGCUUCUGAUGAGCGACGCUCUACAGCAGCUGGAGGCUCCAGUACAAAUACUUAA